ACGUUAGCUGAAAAAAUUCGCCUUUAAAUAGCGCGCCAAAGCUCGCAUUAUUGCCACGGCCCAAUAAUCAAUCCCAACCUCCACUGCCUCCAUAGCUGGCUGCAGCCUAGCUUAGCUCCUGCUCUGCUCUGCUGUCUCCGCCGGCCGGUCAGUAACCGAUGGAAGCCCCGCUGCUCCUCCCCGUCUCCACGGCCGCCUCCUCCUCCACGUCCAUCACCGUCGACGAUGACAGCCACUGCGCGGCCCAGAACGUCUCCCCGUCCCGCGCCUCGCCUUCCGCCCGGAGCAUCGCCGCGCGCUACCUGGCCGUGGCCCUCGUCGCCGCCGUCUCGCUGUUCUCGCAGCACGAGGCGUCCAAGGGCUUUCGCAUCGACGUCAUCCGAGGCGGUGGCACGGCCGAUGCCGCCGGCAAGCGCUUCGACCUCCUCUUCGUUGCCAACGGCCGCGCCGAGCGCGUGCUCCACCGCGCCAGCCGCCGCGUCGAGGAGGCGCUCUUCCCGGACCCCUCGUUCCCGCGGCGCCGGGUCGCCCGCGUCACCGUGCGGCUGAUGGCCGGCGGCAACCUCACCGCUGACGACGCGGCCGUCGACGCUGUCACGGAUGGGGAGUACGUCAUCUCGCUGAGCCCACGCCUCCUGUCGCCGUCCUCCGGCGGCGGCAGCAGCGCCGGGGCCGCCGACGCCGUCGCCGCCACGGUGCGCCGCGCCGUGGCGCGCAUGUGGCUGUGGGACGGCCGGGGCGCCGCGCCGGCGCGCGUCACGGAGUCCAUGGUGGAGUACCUCGCCACCGCCGUCCCGGCCGAGUCGUGGCCGCCGGCGGAGGAGCACACGUCGGCGUCGAACACGCACUGCAUCUCGCCGCGGUUCCUGAAGCACCUGGAGCGGCGGCGCGCGGGGUUCGUGGCGCGGCUGAACAGGGCAAUGAGGGACCGGUGGAGCGACGCCGCGGUGGACGCCGCGCUCGGGGCGCCGGCCCGGCCCGUCUGCGCCGCCUACCUCGCGGCGGCGACGGAAACCGGCGGCCAACGACCGGUGGUUGGCUCCGCGGUGGCGGUUUGAGAGCCAGCAAGGCGUCGGAACAGCGCACGAAGGGCGGUUUGCGAGAGAUCGCACAUGCACGCCGUGCUUGUCACGUGACUCGGUCGGUCACUCCCUUGUACGUAAAUGUAAUUCAUCCGCCAUUAUCGGUGAGUGGUUAAUUAAGUAAUGGGAUGAGACGAGUCAGCGGUCGCUACUGCUACAAAUGAAGUUUUUAGGGGAACUACAAAUGUAGUUAAGCACAAGCCUUCUUUGUAAAUCCACAGUAGUUCUUCAUGUUUGUGUGGUGGAAUAUAUGGCGAUCUCAAAUAAUUGUAGAACGCUCAAGAGAAAACAAGCCGACCAUUCUAUCGAUCACUUUUGA